GUGCCGGCCACAAUCACAGCUCUCAGCAGAGGGGGAGCCAGAUCCGGGCGUGCCUGGGCAAUCUGAGCUGAGUCUGUCUCCUUUCCAUCCCUGCAGCACUUUCAGAGCCUUAAGUUUUGCAGUGAGAGAGAAGGGGGGCGGAAAUCUCUGCAAAAAUGGCUGGGGCAAUUAUAGAAAACAUGAGCACUAAAAAGCUGUGCAUUGUUGGAGGGAUCUUACUGAUUUUCCAAGUCAUCGCCUUUCUAGUGGGAGGUCUGAUUGCUCCAAGUCCCACUACGGCUAUGCACUACAUGUCCAUAAAAUGUGUAGAUGUACGGAAAAACCACCACAAAACCAAGUGGCUAAUGCCUUGGGGACCCAACCAGUGUGAGAGGAUCCGAGAUCUUGACGAGGCGAUGAGCAGACAAAUAGAAGCCAAUGACAUUGUGUUUGCUGUUCACAUCCCCCUCCCUGCCAAAGAGAUGAGUCCCUGGUUCCAGUUCAUACUUGUUAUCCUGCAGCUGGACAUUGCGUUCAAGAAAAAUAAUGAGAUAAAAGACAAUGCAGAAGUUACGCUUGAUGUGUCCUUGGCCUAUCGUGAUGACAUGUUCAGUGAAUGGAAAGAAAUGGCACAUGCGAUAGAGACCCGAAAGCUAAAAUGUUCUUUUGCCUCUCCAAAAACCAUAGAGCAUGAAGGCCGACACUAUGACUGUGAUGCACUCCAUUUCAUGGAAAUUGGAACGGUGGCUCACAAAUUCUACCUCCUCAAUAUUCGACUCCCUGUGAAUGAAAGGAAACUAAUUAAUGUGGGAAUUGGGGAAAUAAAGGAUGUUCGCCUGGUGAGUAUCCAUCAAAAUGGAGGUUUUACAAAGGUGUGGUUUGCAAUGAAAACCUUCCUCACGCCCAGCAUCUUCAUCAUCAUGGUUUGGUAUUGGAGACGGAUCACGAUGAUGACACGCGCUCCUGUCCUGCUGGAAAAGGUAAUCUUUGCUCUUGGGAUCUCCAUGACGUUCAUAAAUAUCCCAGUGGAGUGGUUUUCCAUUGGAUUUGACUGGACUUGGAUGUUGCUCUUUGGAGAUAUUCGACAAGGAAUCUUCUAUGCCAUGCUUCUGUCAUUUUGGAUAAUCUUUUGUGGCGAGCAUAUGAUGGAUCAAAAUGAACGAAAUCAUCUUUCUGGGUACUGGAAACAGGUUGGGCCUAUAGCUGUUGGUGCCUUCUGCCUUUUCAUCUUUGACAUGUGCGAGAGAGGGGUACAACUGAAAAAUCCGUUCUACAGUAUCUGGACCACAGAUGUUGGCACGGAGCUGGCUAUGGCAUUUAUUAUAGUGGCAGGAAUCUGCCUUUGCCUCUACUUCCUGUUUUUGUGUUUCAUGGUGUUUCAAGUGUUCAGAAACAUUAGUGGGAAACAAUCCAGCCUCCCAGCAAUGAGCAAGGCUCGCAGGCUUCAUUAUGAGGGGCUAAUUUUUAGGUUCAAGUUCUUGAUGCUCAUCACUCUGGCCUGUGCAGCGAUGACUAUCAUCUUCUUUAUUGUCAGUCAGGUGACUGAAGGCCAUUGGAAAUGGGGGGACUUCACAGUACAGGGGAACAGUGCCUUCUUCACAGGCAUCUAUGGGAUGUGGAACCUCUACGUCUUCGCUCUUAUGUUCCUAUAUGCUCCAUCACACAAGAAUUAUGGUGAAGAUCAAUCAAAUGGUGACCUGGGAGUAAGUACUGGGGAGGAGCUUCAGCUCACCACCACCAUCACCCAUGUGGACGGGCCAACCGAGGUUUACAAGCUGGCUCGCAAGGAGGCUCAGGAGUAACUCCUGGAACACCUCACUUGGGACAAACACAAUGAAGUACAAUACACAGAUUGAGACCACGUCCUCCUUGAGGAGACAUCCGAAGUAACUCACUCUACAAAUGCCCAGUAUUUAUAGUGUGUUCACUGAGCGGUGGCACUAAAAUAGAACCUUUGUAAACUCUCUUUAAUAUGGUGUAGCUAUCUCUGGGGGAGGGCAGGAUAUGUAUUUUAUAUUUUACAGACACGCUAAACGAACACUAAGGGUGCAAAGUGAAACGUUCAAGAGUUAAAAGCCAGGAUUAAUGUUGCCUGCAGAACCUUUAAUUUGGCUCCUUGUGUGUAUGCAGGAUGAUAGUCUUUAAUUACUGGGGGGUUUUACACAGGACCUCUGCCUCAUUCAGUGCACAAAAUGGACAGUGGAGGUAUCACUUAAGAGGAGGUAUUUCGUAUUUUGUCAUCUUUUGUGUGUAAUUUCCUCAUAAACACACAGAAAAUGCAAAAUUAUAUUCUGUAUCUAACCAUAUUGAUACCUCCUUCAGUGUGCCCCCUCCCCGGCAGGGUUCAAACCUUUAGACCUGUAGCACAGACCUCUGCCACUUAAGCUAACAGUGACUGGCAGCAGUAGUAGGCUGUUACCUGGUGUGUGGACUAGGCACUAAAGGAGGAAGAGAUGCACACUUUACUAGUGGGUUUCACAGCUAUUUGCGGAUAGAGGAAUGUAGGAACUCUGAAUUCCUGGAUUCUUUUCCAAGUCCUGGAGGGGAAUAUACUCUAGUGGUUAUAACCUUUCUGCCCUUGUGCCCCCCAACUUUCCCGUAUCCUCCUAUCUGCCCCACUCCCAUUGGGCUCCUGAAACACCUUCCCUUCCCUCCCCAUCCCUCCUUCCUCCAUUUCUCAUUACUCUGCAUUCCAGUGAUGGCUCCUUCUCAUCCAUGAUGCCUGGGUGUCAGGAGAGGGAGCAUUGAGGACACAGGAGAGACUGUCUCCCUCUGUUCCUGUGCUCAGUGCCACAGGAUCCUGCAGUAGCUGGGAGGAGCAAUUGCAGGGCAACUCCUGCUCAAAGACUGCAGCACUAGCAUGGAGCACACUCAGAGAUGGAAUGUCUGGAGAACUUAGCUGCCAAAUCUGCACUGAGCAUGUGAGAACCAAUAUUUUUCAGUGUCUCGUAACUUGGCCAAACUUCAUGACCAGUUCUUAGACUCUUUGGGGACUCAACAGUUGAGCAGGACUUUCCCAGCAAUUGCUGCUUUUGGCUGCUGCGGGAUGCUGUAGUGCUGCACACGGUAUUAAGUCCUGUGCUCUCCCUGCUAAUGCCCAGGCAGUGUGGAGGAGGAAACAGCCUGAUCUCAAAUGCAGAGAGGAUGAUCCAGACCUGGAGGGAGAGGGAGUGGACUAGGAUACAUGUGGAUUGGAGGUGUGGGGGAGAGGGACUGACUGGCUGGGCAGGGAGAUUAGGAGAAGGCGCUAGAGCUGUGGUGAGGGAGAGAGGAAAACUAAGACAGGCAUAGGUUAGAGGGGACUGGGGCGGAAGGGGAGAGGCUGAGAGAGAUGGGCACAAGGGUCUGUGCCCACUAGAGUGCAUGGAAUGGAUUCCUGAGUGUCUUAUUCCUGCUGUCAGCAAAUAUCUUUUAAAACUCCUGGUAAAGUUUGUCAUUCCCCCUCUAGAGCUUGGUCCAUGCAGAGGAUGAGUCUACUGCUAUCAGUUGCUCAAGUAAUAGAGGUUUGUGCUAUGAAUCUAAAGGUUCCAAAUCGGCUCAUGCAUAAGGCUAUGUUUUUGUCACUGGGGUCACAAAGUCAUAGAAUCCAUGACUUUCGGAGACCUCUGUGACAUUCUCCGCUUCAGCCCCAUGGGCUGCAGGACUCUGGAGCUGACAGCCAGUGGGGCCCUGGCAGGGUUCCAGUGACAGGGGCCCCCUGGAUGGUUCCAGCAACAGGUAAUAGACUCCUGAGCGGGCCCUCCUUAAGGUUCCAGCAACAGGCGACCGCCUUGCAUGGUGAGAGGGGGAUGCCUCAGGCGAGUGGCUGGGGUUUCCCGUUUUCUCUCUGGGAAAUAUGGUCAUCCUGCAGCUCCCAGCUGCCAUGGGCAGAGGGGGGGGCACAAUCAUUUUUCAGUUGGCUUUUUUUAAAGCCUGGGAAAUCACACACCAUAAACUACAGUAGUGCUAAGGUUGCAAAGUCAAACACUCAGAAGUUAGGAAAUGCCAGUAUUAAGCUUGCCUGUGUAACCUUAAUAUGACCCUCUUCUGCAUACACAUUAUGAUGUAGUUUUUAAUUAAUGAUCUCGCACUAUUUCCUGCUCCCCAUAGGCCCCCUCUGCCUUAUCCAGUGCAGAAGAUGGACCAGCUGUGGGGAUAAAUCAGGGAUGUGUAGUGAAGGAUGCUACUGGCUGUAGCAUCCCCAUCACUAAAUGUGGGUGUUUCAUUUUCUGGCUGCUCACCUUGAGAUACCGAGGACCAAAUUUGCAGAACUGCUAAGUGCUCCAACUGAAGUCAAGUGGUGCUACGCUUGGAGCAUAGAUUAAGUGCUGUGAAAAUGCUAAAUCUUUUAAAAACAAGGCUCUGGGCUUCUCAAAUUUGGUACCAAAAAUUAAUGGACACUUUGACAAUUUUGGCCAUAAUUUCUGUGCCUCAGUUCCCCAUCUGUAAAUGGGUAAAUGCUGUGUGUGUGUGUGUGUGUGUGUGUGUGUGUGUGUGUGUGUGAAGAUCCAUGUAUUAGUGUUUGAAGCACUCGGAGAGCACUAGGAGGAAAUUAUUAAUUUUGUAUCCAGUGCAGAGUUUGGAUGGGUUUUGUCAAAUAAAGCCUGGAUCCACAUUGAGGAGAAUAAAAGAAGAUCUUGAAUAAAUAUAUGCUCACACAAUGAGGCCGGGGUCCUCUGGAGAAAAAUAUAGAUAAGCAUAUAAUUAAAGACUGUAACAUAAAACAUAUAUUCCCAAGGGGGCAGAGUUGAGUUGCUCUUCCAACCUCCAUGCUAGCAUUUCACAACUUUUGAGAGCUUGACUCUGCAACCUUAAUGUUACUUUAACUUUAGUUUUUAUGUAAUAUCUAUAUACCUAGAAUAAAUUCAUCCUGAUUUCUUUUAUAGCGUAGUGUAACGUUGCAUGUUGUAAAGAUUGAUUUACGAAAGAGUCAUUGCAGCUUUAAAACCAAAUCUUGUGUGUCCAACACUAACAUCUGUUACGGUGUAGAUAUCUUUUUUUAUAUUUGCUAAACUAAGUGCCACUUGCGUACCAGAAACAGCCCCUGGGUCUUAUUAAAUUGUUUGUUGUAUGUUCACUUUUUACAAAAUGCUUUCAGCAACCUGGAAAAAAUGUAGUUUUGUUAAUUUAAAUAAAAUAUACAAUAUUGUG